AUGGCUAUUCUUAAAUUUUCAUUCUUUUCUAAACACCAAGAUGCAAAACCAUGGAGUUUUCCCGAUGAAUCACAGGACGAGAUUCAUAAAUAUUUGUAUAAUAGAGAAUUAGGAUUAAAUACGGCAAGCCUGCCUCCAAAUUGGUUUAGUAUUGUAUCCCGUCGUAUGCCUCAUUUAUUUCAAGAAGCUCAAAUUGAUUUAGGAAGUCAUGACAAGAUUUUCUGUUCUCACUGGAUAUCACAUAAUGAAAUUGUCGUAGGAACAAAAUGCAAUAAGCUUUUAAUCCUAAAUGUUGAGACAAAUAAAAAGUUUGAAAUUCCAUUGGUCACUGGAUGUGCUGGGAAUCCAAUUCAAGUUAUGAUAUAUGAAUUACCUUCCUUUGAACCUGUAAUCGUAUUCUCGGGUCAUAAUGAUUUGGUCUUUUCUGUCGCUUGGUUAGAUGAUAGUCAUGUUGUAUCAGGCUCACGUGAUGGUACAGUUCGUCUUUGGUCUAUUGAAUCAAAAAUAACCGAAGAGAUGUCUUUAUUCCCAAACAAAUUUGUCAAUGUUCAUCAACCUCUGCUCACUAGAUCAGAACAUGGUGGCAAAGUUCGAGAUUUACAAUUCAACUCAAAGACUGAUGUAUGA